GCAACUAAAACAUUUCCACAGAAAACAUUGUUUGAAGAUCAUGGAUUUGGUUCAAAUAAAAGGAUGGCCUCAUGAACAAAUUAAGAGUAUUCAAAUUACAAUAAAGCUGCUGAUUUUGGUGAUUUUUCUGGGGUACAUUAUGAUAUGGAUAAUGAUGCCCACAAAUGUAUUCUGGCUGCACUGGUUGCCUGAUAUCCAUAAAAAGGCAGAUUCGACAUACUUUGGAGAACAAGGCGCAUAUAUUCUUAUCUACUCUUCCCCUAUCCUACUUAUUGCUACAUUGGGAUGUCUAUGUCUCCAUCUGGAGAAGUACACUGAUGACAGUGAGAACAGAACUCCAAGGGAUCGACGUUUUGUCACAUGGCGACAACCCGUACUCUUGAGGGGCCCUCUUGGCAUUGUCUCCUGGACGGAACUAUCCUGCUUAGUAAUGUUUGUUGUACUGUUAGUCUGGUCUGUCUCAGCCUAUGUCCACAGUAUGUUCAAGAAUAUCACUAGACAGUCUGCAUCGAAGAUGGGCGAGCUUGUGUGGGAAGUAAAGCUAGACAGUGUAGCUCUCCUGCUAGGCCUUGUUGGCAACCUCUGUUUGUCUUUCCUCUUCUUCCCAGUGACUCGAGGAUCUCCAAUCUUGCGCCUGGUAGGACUUACGUCGGAGUCCACCGUUAAGUAUCACAUUUGGCUUGGCCAUACUGUUUUGACCUUAUUCACUGCACAUGGUCUAUGUUACAUUAUUUUUUGGGCUAACACACAUCAGAUGUUGGAGGUAUAUCAUAUUCUCCCACUGCAAAGUCACAAAUUUGAACUUGUUCCACAUAGAAGGAUCAAAUUCAGCAAUGCUUUUGUAAACCUGCAGAUGCUGAAAUGGAGUAAAGUUGGAAUUUCAAAUGCGGCUGGAGAAGUAGCUUUGCUGUCAGGGCUAGCCAUGUGGAUCACGAGCUUGUCUGUUGUCAGGAGAAAACUGUUUGAGCUCUUCUUCUACACGCAUCAUCUGUACAUUGUUUCUAUUCUUUUCUUUGUUUUACAUGUGGGCUUCUCUUAUUCUUGCAUCAUGCUCCCUGGAUUCUACCUUUUCUUGAUCGACCGUUUUCUAAGAUUCUUACAAUCCCAGCAACGGAUCCGCUUGAUCUCCGCCCGUGUUUUGCCUUGCCAGGCUAUGGAACUCAACUUCUCCAAGGAUCCAAAACUAACUUACAAUCCAUCAAGCAUUAUGUUCAUCAACAUGAAAAGCAUAUCCAAGCUACAAUGGCAUCCAUUCACAGUCACCUCGAAUAAUAACAUAGAUCCAGAUCAACUCAGCAUUGUCAUCAAAAGUGAAGGGAGCUGGUCUCAGAAGCUUUACGAGAAGCUUUCGUCUCCAACACCAACAGAUCGUCUCGAUAUCUCUGUAGAAGGACCCUACUCACCUACAUCAACCUCAUUUUUAAGGCAUGAAAUGCUAGUGCUGGUGAGUGGUGGGAGCGGCAUCACUCCUUUUAUAUCCAUCAUCAGGGAACUCAUUUUUCUUGCAAGCACAAAGAAAAAGACUCCAAGAAUCCUUCUUGUCGCUGUUUUCAAGAAAUCUGCAGAUCUCACGAUGCUAGAUCUUCUUCUUCCAUUGUCAGGGACUUCUCAUGACAUUUCCCAUCUGCAGCUGCAAAUCCAAGCUUACGUCACUAGAGACAGAAAUCCCUCGACAGACAGCCAGAAACUGACCCAGAGCAUAUGGUUAAAGCCAAGUGUAGUAGAUAGGCCAGUGUCUGCAGUUUUAGGCUCAAACAGCUGGCUCUGGCUUGGAGCUGUUAUCUCAGCAUCUUUCAUCAUUUUCCUCCUUCUAAUUGGGCUGCUUAACCAUUACUACAUCUACCCCGUCGAUCAUAACACCAACAUGAUAUAUCCAUACGCUGCAAGAUCAAUGAUCAAUACAGUAUUCUUGUGUGUGUCUGUGGUGAUUGCUGCCACUCUAGCUUUCAUUUGGAACAAGAAACAGAACAUGAGGGACACGAGACAGAUUCAAGAUUCUGAUAGCCCAACUCCCAUGUCAUGUCCAGUGCCAGAAUCAUGGCGUUACAAUGUUGAAACAGAACUAGAAAGCAUUACGCACAGGUCUUUCAAGCAAGUUACUACCGUACAUUAUGGCAGAAGGCCCAAUCUGCAGAAAAUACUAUCUGAGAACAGCGAAUCCAAUGUUGGUGUGUUAGUCAGCGGGCCGAAGAAGAUGAGGGAAGAUGUAGCUGGAAUAUGUUCAUCUGAUCUUACCAAAAACCUGCAUUAUAGAUCUUUCAGCUUUAACUGGUAAAUUUUGGAGUACGAAAGCAAGAGAUAACUGUAUUUGGAAUAGCAGGUUCUUCAAUUUUCAGCAGAUUUUGUGUCAUACUUGAAACUUUAGAAGCCCUCGCAAAUAUGCUUAAUAUCGAAUGAAAAAUCCUUUGACAAGAUUGCCUUAUUGGUGAGAGAUAGAGUCAAUCAUCAUAUAAUGGCGCGCACACACGUCGUCUGCAUCACUGAGAUACAGGACGCAGAUAUUACACAAUCACAAAGAUUUUACUGCAUUGAACUCCGAGAUCCAGAUGCAAGUUGCCACAAAAACACGGCCUUGCCAAGGCAAAAGAGCUUUUAACUCUCAAGGCAUUGCACCAACGGCCUUUUCUUCCAAGGAUAUACAAUAAAAACGACCAAAGGGGAACAAAAACAACACGGCCGCCAAACGCAGCCUCUUCCCAAAAUAUUGAACCAAUAAAAAUAAUCAGAAAAAUUAACCUUAGACGACAACUACUUGGUUGAAAAACGGGAAAAAAAAAGUUCAUCAACUGGUAUAGAAUUCCUACCUAAGACCAGCCACCAACCCAAGAAGAAAAGAGCACAAAAGCCAUGCUCAGUCUCUUCUUUGUUGAUGCUCCUCAUAAUCUACCUUCUACCAGACACCACCACAGUCAAU